CCGCUCUCCUUUUUUCUACCUAAUAAAUAAACAAAUUUUUUCUCACCUUUCCCUCCCCCACCCAAACUCCCACCUCCUUUAUUACAAUUAUCGAUGGUUGUGCAGUAUAUCAGAAAGACGCAGACCAAGAGCGGCCAGCCGGAGCCCGACCACUUUGGUGAUGUGAUGUCGCAGCGCGAGACGUCCUGCAUGCUGCCAGCGAUCUUCAAGAACCCGGUGCAGCGCAUAAUGCUAAUGGCGAACGGCAAUCUGCAGCGCGUUCUGAGUGCCUACUACAACCUGCCGGUGUCGGUGGAGGAGCAGCGCACGCUGCCGAUCCGGUACUGCCGCACGAUCAACCUGGUGGAUCUGCUGACGAAGAAGGCGGCGGAUCUGGUGGUGAACCAGGGCGUGGGCAUCGGGCAGCUGUUCCGCUACAUGAAUGCCCACCUGAGCGAGUAUGACGGGAGCUUUUCGCGUCUCUACGAUCUGUGCUCCGAGGACGUCGCAUGCAAGGAUCCGCGAGGACUUCCCCGAUGGCGUGCUGUCGCCGGACUUUUGCCUGCAGCCAAGCCAGGCGAGACUGCCGCCGAGACGCUAGCCAAAAACAAGGCACCGCGGAUCAAGCGGUUCUGGCGCACCGUCGGCCUGGACGGGCGGCCAAUCAAAACCCCCGACGGCACAUCCGUGCGGCUCCCGCCCACCCACGACAUCCUGGCGGCCCUAGUGGCAGGCGAAUGGGAGUCGCAGCGCGAGUUCCUUGGCGCGCACGCCCUGCCGCUGACAUCCCUGGUAUGCCGGUCAAUUGACGGGCUCAGCGACGCUAAUGUGCGUGGAGAAGUGGUCUUGAAGCUGCUCAAAUACCUGCACACGGACUCGGCGUGCUUGCACGAGGAGUUCCCGCAGGCCCUGGUUGAGCUGCAGGAAAAGCAUUACCGUCCGAUCAUCGACUGGGCAGCCAAGCACUAUGGCAUUGGUAUUAAUGUCACGGCGAAUCUGUUUACGCUGCGCCAGGAAAAACAUGCCGAGGAGCUGGCUGCAUUCGAGAAGGCGGUGAUGACAGGCAAAGUCGUUCCUGAUCGCGCUGGCGCUGGUUGA